AUGGAGUGGUUCACGAUGGAGAACCCCUUCGUCCAGAAGCAGAACAUGACCUUGGCGCGCGGCGCCUUCCGUCAGCAGCAGCUCAGCAUCCAGACCGACGCCGUCGUCACCUGGUUGAACCAGCUCUUCCCGGCGCGCAACAUCCGCAACAGCGACGCGGCCCUGCUCGAGGCGCUCAAGGACGGCUCGCUGCUGUGCGAGCUCCUGGCCAAGAUCGCGCCCGAGACCGGGGUCAAGGUGACCACCUCGGGCAAGGCCGACUUCAUCCGCCUGGAGAACUUGGGCGCCUACCUGCGCGCCGUGGCCACCAUCGGCGUACGCAAUCUGUUCGAUGCGGCCGAUUUGUUCGAGGGCCGCAUCUUCAAGGUUCUGUCCCACAUUCUCGAGCUGGCCGAGGUGGCCAAGAAGCGCGGAUUCAAGCCCUGCGUGGGCGACGCCCCCGUGGAGCCCGUGGCGGCCACCCCCCGCUCGGCCGCCGCCAGCUCGAGCGCCGCGGUGGCUGCUGCCGCCCCCAUUCCCGAGGCCGAUCUCGAGCUGGAGGAGACGGAGCUGGAUGAAGAUAAUCUUCAGGAAUACGAGAAGGCAUCGGAGGAGAUGCAGGCCAGGAUUGAGGAGGCCAAGAAGGAGGCCGCGCAGGAGGCCGAGCGCAAGAGGAUCGCCGCCGAGGAGGAGGCCCGCAAGCUCAAGGAGGAGCUCGAGAAGAUGCGCAUCGAGAAGGAGAACCUGGCCCGAGAGCUCAACCAGACCAAGGCCCGCAAGGACGAGCCCGCCAAGCUCCCCUUCGGCAACACCGAUACCACCCAGGUCUACUACUUGGAAAAAAAACAAAACGAAGGUGACAAGGACUGCUUCAUGGGCAAGUACAUGGAGGACGGUCCCCCGGGCAGGCUCACCAUCAUCGUGGUCUCCAUUGAGGGCGUCAGCGUGGUCGAGCCCUUCACCGAGGAGAUCAUCUUCUCUGCUCUCUGGAGGAGGAUCAAGAGCUGGGGCAUCAACUACUCGGGCGACAUGUUCAAGCUCGACUAUCUUCCCCUCCGGUCGACCGACGAGACCAUCGUUGCCGCCUGGUUCGCCUGCCAGAACGGUUCCAAGUUGCUCGACUCGAUCAUGAAGUGGAUCUCGAGGAAGAAGGAACAGCUCCAGCUGGAGCAGGCGCAAGAGGAAGCCAAGAGCGGUAGUAGCCCGAACCUGGGCUCAAGGAAGCCUUCUCUCCUCAAGCGCAUGGUGGGCAAGGGCAAAUAG